GAAGAAGGAAAGAGUUUCUGUCGUGUCGGUAUUCAGAGGCACACACAAGAUUUCUUCACGCAAGGUCGUGUCCCCAAAUACGGGGUGAGGAAUUCGUUGAUCGAGCGAAAAUGAUGACAUUUGCUGGUCGUUUUGGGGCUCUUGCCCCAUUGUUGCGGGGAACAACGCAAUUCAUCAAAUGUGCGGUGUUAUCUGGAGCUAAGGAGUUGCUCCCUGCCACUGCUCCUGGAGGAAUCCGGCUCGCCCAUACAGACAUCAAAAUCCCAGACUUCACAGAUUACCGCCGCCCUGAGGUCACCGACCCAAACAAGUCCUCUCAGGACAGCAGCGAUGCGAGGAGGGCCUUCUCCUACCUGUUCACAGGGGCCACCACCGUAGUUGGCGUCUACGCAGCCAAAACGGUGGUUAGCCAGUUUGUCUCCUCCAUGAGUGCCUCGGCUGACGUCCUUGCCUUGUCCAAGAUUGAGAUCAAGCUGAAUGAGAUUCCAGAGGGCAAAAACAUGACAUUCAAGUGGCGAGGGAAACCCCUGUUUGUCCGCCAUCGCACCGAAAAGGAAAUCGCCGCAGAGGAGGCUGUGAAUCUUGCCGAGCUCCGCGAUCCCCAACAUGACAAGGAUAGAGUGCUCAACCCCAGCUGGGUUAUCGUCCUUGGUGUGUGUACCCACCUGGGAUGUGUGCCUAUUGCAAACGCGGGUGACUUCGGCGGCUACUACUGUCCUUGCCACGGAUCCCACUAUGAUGCUUCAGGAAGAAUUAGAAAGGGGCCGGCGCCUCUUAACCUGGAGGUUCCCUACUAUGAGUUCCCAGAUGACGACACCGUUGUGGUGGGAUAAAUGAGUGGUAUCUUAUCAAUUGAUCCCCUACUGUAGAAUAUGUUCAAAAGAUGGCUCUAUGUAUGAGGUGGAGGUGAAAAUCAUCUAUUUAAUUGUCAAUAAAAACCUGUUUCGUACAGUA